AUAUAUAUUUUAAAAAUUACACACAUAUAGAUGCAUGCCAGGGCCUGAAUUUGGGGAUAUAGUAAUUAACAAAUCAGACAAAAUCUGUCCCAUCAUGGGCUUACAUUAUAAUGGGGGAAGGAGACUGUGAACUUAAAUAUGUGAAUAUAGCGUUUGCCCAUGGUGAGAGGUGUAAUGGAGAGAAGUAAUGCAGGGAGGUGGGCAGGGAGGUGCUUUCCUUGGUUAGGGCUUCACUGGCUCACUUCCAGGUCUUUGGCCACCAGAAUUUAUUUAUUUAUUUUAUUAAAUUUAUUGGCGUGACAUUGGUCAACAUGAACAUAUAGGUUUCAGGUGUGAGUUUCUAUAUGACAAGAUCUGUCUAUUGCACCGUGUGCCCACCACCCACAAAUCUCCUGUCGCCGCCACCAGAAUUUAAUCUCUGAUCUUUUGCCUUGGAGGAAUGAUAGUGAUGACAAUGGUGGCACUACUUACCAGACACCAUGCUAGAGGCUUCUCUUAUCUAAUCAUUACAGUAACCCUGGAGGGCAGCUUAUGUCCCCAUUUGGAAUAUGAGGAAACUGAGGCACGGGAUAAUUAAGUAACUAAGCCUUACAGCCAGGCAAUGACUCAGCCGGAGCUGAUUGCCCUAGGGCAGCUACUCUGAGGUCCACAGGUUGUAUCUGUGAGGCACCAGAAAGCCCAAGACCCUCUCCCACAUCUGGGAAGCCAAGUGGAAUUUAUCAGGCAAACCAAACUGAUGGUAGGCCUGUCUGUCACCUCAAUGCAUCUCUGGCCACCUGUCCCUAGACAGAGACUGGGUUUAGACAUUCACACUGGACCAUACAUGCAGGAUGUGGGUCUGGCAGCAAUAAAACCACAAGAUUACCUCCUGCAAUGGCUGCGCAAAGGGCCAGGAAAUAUUUGUGUCUGUGUGUCCAAGCUUUUCUGGAGGAGGGAUGGGCAUCUCUUAGUCUGGGGAUUAUUGGUGUCACUCAUGGAAGCAGAGUUUUGUGGAUCCCUUCCUGUGCCCAGCUUUGGGCCUGCUGUGAGCUGUAGGUGGAUUGGGAAGGGUCCGGUGUGGCCAGGGCCCGCAAGGACCUUAAGGUCCAGCCAAGGAGCUCAGACAUCCUCACAAGCCGAGAGCAGUCAGGAUGACAGCAGCAUGGGGGUCACCAGGCCUGAUCCCUCCUGACGUGGCCACUCACCCUCUGAGUCCACUGCUGCCCAUGUAGGGGGCUGGCAGGGGAGCUCUGAGGUUCUCUCUUGUCUGAGACUGAAAUGAAGGUGCAUGAUGAGGGUGAGAGGUGUGCAGAGAGACCGCAGGGAAGGCCCCCUAGCUGGGAGAGAAGAGAAGAGGCGGAAGGAUGAAGACGGAAGCCAGUGCUUCCUCUGGAGAGGCAGCUCCACGAGGCUGCCCGCAGGAACAACAUCGGGAGGAUGAAGGAGCUGAUCAGAAGCAGAGUCAACAUUAGGGCCAGAAACCACGUGGACAGGGUGGCCCUGCACUGGGCUGCAGGUGCAGGGCACGAGCAAGCCGUGCGGCUGCUCCUGGAGCAUGAGGCUGCUUUGGACGAUGAGGAUGCGUUUGGGAUGAAUGCACUUCUCCUGUCUGCCUGGUUUGGCCACUUACAGAUUCUUCAGAUCCUGGUCAACUCAGGGGCCAAGAUCCACUGUGAGAACAAGGACGGCCUAACCUUACUGCACUGCGCAGCCCAGAAAGGCCACGUGCCGGUGCUGGCGUUCAUCAUGGAAGACCUGGAGGACGUGGCCCUGGACCAUGCUGACAAGCUGGGAAGGACAGCAUUUCAUCUGGCGGCCGCACACGGACAGCUGGAGGCUCUGGACUUCCUGGUGGGCUCUGGCUGUGACCACAGUGUCAAAGACAAGGAGGGGAACACGGCUCUGCACCUGGCCGCCGGCCGGGGCCACCUGGCUGUGUUGCAGCAACUCGUGGACAUCGGGCUGGACUUGGAGGAGAGGAAUGCGGAAGGUCUGACCGCCCUGCACGCCGCUGCUGAAGGGAUCCACCCCGACUGUGUGCAGCUCCUCCUGGAGGCCGGGAGCAGCGUGAAUGCCCUCACUCAGAAAGAGCAGAGCUGCCUCCAUUACGCAGCUCUCAGUGGCUCUGAGGACGUGGCCCGGGCCCUCAUCCACUCAGGGGCCUGCACCAACGUGGCUGACCAUCAGGGAGCCUCUCCAAUGCAUCUCGCUGUGAGGCACAACUUCCCCUCCCUGGUUCAGCUCCUCAUCGAUGCUGGCAGUGACCUGGACGCCACUGACAAUAGGCAGCAGACGCCCCUCCACCUUGCCGCGGAGCACGCCUGGCAGGACAUAGCGGAGAUGCUCCUGGUUGCGGGGGUUAACUUAAACCUGAGGGAUAAGCAAGGGAAAACCGCCCUGGCCGUGGCCGCCCGCAGCAACCACAUCAGCCUGGUGGACAUGAUCAUAAAAGCUGACCGCUUCUACCAGCGGGAGAAGGACCACCUCUCACUCAGGAACCCCAGUGGCCUCUCUGGGAAGAGUUUGACCUUUAAGCAGGACCAUCGGCAGGAAACGCAGCAGCUCCGCUCUGUGCUGUGGCGACUGGCCUCCAGGCACCUGCGGCCCCACGAGUGGAAGAAGCUCGCGUAUUGCUGGGAGUUCACUGAGGCCCACGUCCAUGCCAUCGAGCAACAGUGGACAGGCACCAAGAGCUACCAGGAGCAUGGCCACCGGAUGCUGCUCAUCUGGCUGCACGGCGUGACCACGGCGGGCGAGAACCCCAGCAAAGUGCUCUUCGAGGGCCUCGUGGCCAUCGGCAGGAGGGACCUGGCUGAAAGCAUCAGGAGGAAAGUAAACAACGACCCGGGCGCCCCCAGGAGGUGCACAGCCAUGUAGCCAGAGGGGCCGGACCUUCAGGAGCCUGGGACCUUGGAGUGGGGGCCACGGAA